AUGCUGCCCCUCCGCCCCGCGCUGCUGCCCAAGCGCUACCGCGGCGGCUCGGCUUCGCGCUCGCGGCCGGGCCGCGCGGCCGCCCGAGCGGCGGCGGCGGCGGCGGGAGGAGGAGGGCGCGGCGGCAGCGGCGGCGGCGGGGCGCCUGCGUUGGGCCCGCGCGGCGGCGUUGGCGGCGGCGGGGCGGGCCGGGUGCCGGUCCGGCGGCGCGGGCCGGGGUCGCCGCGGGCUGCCCGGAGGGGGGCGGAGCAGGAGCUGCGCGAGCCGCCGCGCUCGUGCGCGAGCUGGCCGGUAGGGGCCGUUGCCACCCCCCGCAGGGGGAGGGGGGGCGGAGCCGGGCGCGGCGCGAGGCCGGGUCGCGCGGCGGCGGCGGCGCUUCUCCUCGCCCAGCCGGCGGCGGCCCCCGCGGCGGUCAUGGCGGCCGUCCUGUCCCCGCGCCUCUGCGACAGCGACCCGGCCACGCCCGGCGCCCAGUCCUUGAAGGAUGACACAGAAGAAAAUUCCAAUGAUGGCAGCCAACCAUCCAAAAGACGACGUAUGGGCUCAGGGGACAGUUCUCGGAGCUGUGAAACUUCUAGUCAGGACCUUGGAUACAGCUAUUUCCCUGCUGAAAACUUGAUAGAAUACAAGUGGCCACCAGAUGAAACAGGAGAAUACUAUAUGCUUCAGGAGCAAGUCAGUGAAUAUUUGGGUGUGACUUCCUUUAAAAGAAAAUACCCAGAUUUAGAAAGACGAGAUCUAUCUCACAAGGAGAAACUCUACCUCAGAGAACUAAAUGUUAUCACAGAGACUCAGUGCACACUAGGUCUAACAGCUUUGCGUAGCGAUGAGGUAAUUGAUCUUAUGAUUAAAGAAUAUCCUGCCAAACAUGCUGAGUAUUCUGUUAUACUGCAAGAGAAAGAACGUCAGCGAAUAACAGAUCAUUACAAAGAGUACUCUCAAAUGCAGCAGCAGAACACACAGAAAGUAGAAGCCAGUAAAGUUCCAGAAUAUAUUAAAAAAGCUGCCAAGAAAGCUGCAGAAUUCAACAGCAAUUUAAACCGAGAGCGAAUGGAAGAAAGAAGAGCCUAUUUUGAUUUACAGACACAUAUUAUCCAGGUGCCUCAAGGAAAAUACAAAAUCUUACCUACGGAGAGAACAAAGGUUAGUCCUUACCCAGUGGCUCUCAUACCCGGCCAGUUCCAGGAGUACUACAAAAGAUACUCUCCAGAUGAACUUCGUUACUUGCCAUUAAACACAGCUCUUUAUGAACCUCCUUUGGAUCCAGAGCUGCCUGCGUUAGACAGUGAUGGAGAUUCAGAUGAUGCAGAGGAAGGGCGAGGUGAUGAAAAACGGAAACCCAAAGGCAAUUCGCCAAAGGUCAUUCCAAAUGCUAUAUGUGGAAUUUGUCUGAAGGGUAAGGAGUCCAACAAGAAAGGAAAAGCUGAAGCUCUUAUACAUUGCUCCCAGUGUGACAACAGUGGCCACCCUUCUUGCCUUGAUAUGACUCCGGAGCUUGUUGCUAUGAUUAAGACUUAUCCUUGGCAAUGUAUGGAGUGUAAAACAUGCAUUAUAUGCGGGCAGCCUCACCAUGAAGAAGAAAUGAUGUUCUGUGAUGUAUGUGACCGUGGUUACCACACUUUUUGUGUGGGGCUUGACGCUAUCCCUUCAGGUCGCUGGAUUUGUGAUUGUUGUCAGAAAGACCCUCCCGUACCCAGAAGAGGAGGAAGAAGGGGGAAAAACAGCAAGGAGGGCUAA